UGGUCAUUUUCGAACAUUUUAACUGAUAAAAAGUCUAAGUUCCAAGGAUUUUCGGUAAAAUUAAAAGACGAAAAUGAAAUUACACACUUGCUAAGUGAUUUGAAAAAUGAGAAUCCAAAAAUAGCUCAAUCUACACAUCCGACGAUGUUUGCGUGGAGAACAGGAAAAUUUGAUGAAGCCAGCAAUAAGUUCAGGGAUAUUAGGCAAGGCUACUUUGACUGUGGUGAAUCAGGCUCUGGGUACAAGAUAUCGAAAGUGGUAGAGAACUGUAAGAUAUAUAACGUGUUAUGUGUUGUUACCAGAUGGUAUGGUGGUAUUCCACUUGGACCAGCGAGAUUUCGAGAUAUUGCAAGUGUUGCGUUGGAGAGUGUUGAACAGGGCAAUUUC